UUGCCCAUGUUAACAGUGGCAAGGAUCUAAUUGAUGAAAUCCUAGCCCAGCAAACUGGCUGCGUGCUUGACAGGUUGUUAAAGUAUAAUACUGAUUUCAUGGAAUAUAUUGACACUGAAUUGAAUGAGGAGGAAUUAAAGGAUUUGGAUAGAUAUCACAUCUUCCUGUCAACCCAAGGGAUCCAAGCUGAAUGUAUGGAGGCAAAUCAAAAUCAGGUUCAACCAUACACUGAAGAUGCAGGUGGUCAGUGGGAGACUGAACCACUGAGUGCUAGUGAAGCUUGUCAGAGUGGUCCACUGGAGAAAUGCCAUGGACAAACUGACAGUGUGCACAGAUUUGAUUCAGCCAGUCUGGUGGUGCUACUUAAGAACAAAGCCCCAAGUGUACUUGCCGAAUAUGAAAAAUCUGGAAUCUCUCUCUGGCAUCUAGAAAACUCCUUGUGAGAACAGGUGUCAGCGACCUGGUUGAGCGACGAGGAUUUUACCCCUCCAAUGCUGACAAACUGAUGUUGGCUAAAAGCAUAACAACAAUCUUCCCAUCAUUAAAGAUCAAGAUACAAGGAGAGAACGAAGGAUUUGAGCACUUUUAUGAUCCAGUGUCCCACUGUGGAUUCAUCGAGUUGAAACUGAGGAACCUGCGGAGAAACCUUUAUCAAGAUCAGAGACGCUAUCGCAAACGCGGGAGGGCCUGUGAGGCUUCUGGAGUAGCUAUAACACUACAAGUGAUUUCAGAAGGGGACGAAGAGUCUGCCAAGGAUUGGAUAACGGCUAUCAAAAGGAUGAGACCAUCUCCUGAGAACCUCACAUCUAUCAAAAUGGGCAUGGAGAAAACCUUCAACAACCGCAGGCUCUGGAUCUCAAGCCAGUCACCAACAGUAGCAGAGAUUCUCCAGCAGUACCCUUGCUUUGUAGACAUGCCAUAUUUGUUUGAUGCAGAGUUUGCAAGAAUGUUUCCGGGCAAGGAAGACCUCUUCCUUCGGAAAUGGGAAGGACAUAUUGUUCCGAAACUCCUGAAAGUGGCUACGCUUGAAAAGGAAAAUGACCCCAGUGACCCGUCGGCUGGUGAGGAGAUCGAUGAGUCACUUUGCUUCAGAGCCCUUAAGUUACUCACCCGUUAUCUACCUCCGACUGCAUCAGGGAGAAACAAAGGGUGGACAAAAUGCAGUGUCAAAUCAGCCCUGUCCUACAUCUUGGAAGUGAAACCGACUGGAACAAGCAUCCCCAGUCUUCUACAAGGAUCGUUAGAAGCAGCAGCCGGAGGAGCAGAAGUGGGAGUCCACCAGCCCAAGCUUGUGUGUAUAGGACAUCCCAGUACAACAGCUCAGUACAUAAUUGUGGCAAAGAAUGACAAAGUCGCCAUUCCACUUCAAGAUGAAGGGUUGACAUGCGCCCUGGACAAGUUGUUCAAAAUGUUGUGGGUUUGCAACGUAGCCUACCCUAUCCAACUUGACUCAGUGUAUUCUUUUUUUGAGCAUGUUUAUGACAUGCCAAUCUCAGGUGCAAAGAGGUCAAAGGUUUUGGAGUUAAUUGCCAAGCUUCAGGCAUUGGUAUAAAUUAACAUGUACACCUGUCCUAAGUGCAAGAAGUCAAUUUCAAACAGAGUAAGGACACUAAUCAGACAUCUUCGUCAAGUUCAUGCAAUUUCUGAUGGGCAGGACUAUACAAUUGUAUGUAGUCAAAACCACUGUCAAAGAACAUACCAUAACUUCAAUUCGUAUGCCAGACAUCUCAAUAGGGAACACAUUCCAGUUGCUAACCCACAGCAUUUUGAACAAGGCAGUUUCAGUGAUGUAUCGGAGGAUGUUUCUAUGCCAUCUUGCUCCCAUGCUAUGGAUACUU